UGGCUUUGACAGUCAGGCACGUUGGAGAGGCACAGCCGAGACCGGAGCGCACGAGAGACAGAGAGCUGGAAUUGCAGAGGCAGAGACGCACGGGCGCACGGUCGAUUUUCGCCUCCCGCAUAGUGGGGAGUCCCGCGCCUGUCACCCCAAACCGGAGCACAGUGUUCGCAAGCGGCUGUGUCAGCACCUGAAUUAGAAAGAGGACGGUGAAGCAGCACCCCUGCUCCUUAUUUUUUACAUUUUCUCCCCUUUCUGUUUUUUUGCUUUCCCGUCUUUUGUGGUGCAGAUAUUGAUGUGAGCCAGAGGAGCGGUUUUUCUGUUGAGCCGCUCGAGACGGUGGCGCGCGGCGGGAGAACACAGCGUUUACAUUGAUGUGGGAGGACUAUCUCCUUCCGACACGGGGAGCUCAGAUGAAGGGGGAAUGCUGCUCGCUGACGGCUGCAGCCGUCAAGGCAACGGCUCCGUGACCCGGGCGGGAAGAGGAGUGAGCGCCGCCACCGACAGCUGCGCGAGCCCCCAGCCAGCGUUGACACCGCGACAGCUCCAGCGGGCAGCGCGAGCCCCCAGACUCUGUGUCCCUUGCAACCAUGGGCAAAAGACAGGAGCAGAGGGGAGAGGGAGAAGUAUGUGAGCUCUCCACUGCAGUAUUGAUGACCCAAUGAUCCCCUGCAGAACAGAGCCAGUCAGGCAGACAGAGUUUUUGAGUCUUCUUGCCAGCUGUUAGAGGACGACAGCUACAAAGAAGAAAUACCCAUUUACAUACAUCUGAAAACAUCCAUCGUUUCUCUGCCUCAGUGCCAGUAAAACUGUCUCCUGAAUGAGUAGCUUAUCAGAUCACCUGCAUUCAGGCCAAACUGGGGCUCCAGUGGGCUGUGGUGAGGCUCGGGCUGAGGAAAAGGGGUGUGUGCCGGGGCUCGAGGAGCUCGAAGCGCUCGAAGGGGCUGAGUUCUGGACCAGGGAGCUCGCGCUCCAGGGGGGGUUCCAGGAUCCUUCUCAUGAUGGACUGGCGCUGGUAACAUCCGACCACAUUCCCUCCUCCUCUCCUUCUGCCCUGGCCAACGGCCUCCAUCUUCAGAGGAGGCUGGGGCACAGCAGUUGCCGGCGGCGGCAGACAGAGACUCACACGACUGCUGAGACACAUACGUUUGCAGAGACGUUUCGAAACAUGCAAACACACAUAGACCCAGAUGUGCAUGAACAGGCUUUUUCUCAUGCAAAUAUGGAGAACUGUGGACUCACGGAUGUGAACUCACACACAGCUUCUGUAGGGCCAGAACUCUCCAAAUCUCUCACACCAGAGGCCAUACACUCACCCCAGCCCUUGUCUUUGGCGCUAGGCAAUCAUCCUGCCUCCACCAAUCAGCUGGCAGCCCCUGUCCGAACUGCAGAGACAGACAUGCCCUCGACGUUUUGUCCAGUCCCUGCUGGUCCAAACUCAAACACUGACUCCUCCCCACUUCCCAUAGAGACAGAAAAAAAGUAUGCACUCCGUAGCUCUGGACGUCCCCGCUUUCCCUGUCACCUGCGCAAAUCCUCACGCCUCCGCAGAAGCAUUGAGGAUGGGGAAAAAAGAGGAGGGAGGGAAAAGGGAGGAGAGGAGGAUGAGGAAGUAUUAGAGGAAAAGAUCUGGAGGGUAAAAGAGGAGGAGGUGGCAGUUGGUGAUAAAGAAGAGCAUUCAUCUGUGGAGGCUGUUCUCCCUGCAGUUACCAGUCACACAGACAUUGCUCUUGCUCUAACUGUACCUAAACCUGUUCCCAAAGCUAUACCUAAACCUGGGCCCAGACUCGGCUAUAGACCUGGACCUAAAUCCAGGUCCAGGCCCUCAACGAAACCUGUUCAUAAAGCAGGCCCUAAAAGCGUAAUGAAACAGCGUCAGGCAGCCCAGGCUAUCCACGAUCACGCUACCCCUCAUCUCUCAUUUGGGAACACGCCCACAAUCCCCGGAUCUCUGCUAACGAUGAAGCAGGAACCCGUUGCGGAGUUGAGGGUAUGUCCUCCCAGUAAUGGCAGACGUGGGCGUUUUGUUGGUGUGAGGAGGAUUGUUGUCAAAGUGGCACGCAUUCCAGUCAGCCUUAGCCGGCGACAGAAGAGCUACAAAAUUUCUAAUCUGGAAACGAUCACGGGGACGGAGAAGAGUAAUGAUGGCAACGUGGAGGGCUCAGAGGCAGCCCGAGAGCCAACUGCACUCCUCCGAAUGAAGAACAACGGAAAGAGUGUGAUGGUGAUGUUCCCUCCCGGAGAGCUCCCUGUUAUCCUCAAACGCAGGCGGGGACGACCGCCUAAACAGCCCCUGCCAGGAAUACAGGGGGAGCCUCCAAAUGCUGGGAACCCUGGUGGUAAUGGAGACCAGCCCAAGAAGCCCCGGAGGCGGCGACGGACUAAACUCCCUUUUCCUUAUCCAUCCUAUGUCAAUGACACGAAUGAUGUCAAAACCGAAUAUGGGGAUGUUCUCUCCAAACUGGCCUUUUUAAACCGCCAGCCUCCUGCCACUGGCCGCUGCUCCCCCCCUCGUUGCUGGACACCUAGUGAGCCAGAAAGUUUUCAUACCCCCUCAGAAAACCCCGGAAUAUCCACCCUGCUCCACCGGCUCACUGGGUUUAGACGCCCACGGGGUGGCAGAGGAGGUGGUGUUGGACGGGGAGGAGGAGCAGCAGGGGGGAUCGGAGGCAGAGAGUGUAAUAAGAGCACCUUCAGUGACUUCUUUGAAUCUAUUGGAAAAAAGCGGAAACUGAGCCCCCUGUCUGAGCAUGGAUUACCUAGGAAAAGAGGGAAGGGUGCGGGUGGAGGUGGGGUGGGCAGAGGAGGCGGUGUAGUAGGAACAGUGCCUGGGGGUGAGAAAAUAGUCAGGAGGAGACGUAUGAGAAAAAAUGGUGCAUUCAAAGGGGGUGGGAUGUCCAUGGGGCAGGACUGGCCCAAUGGGGCAGGUGGCUGGGGUGAAGAGGGACCUAUGGAUAAACAGAAAGGCUUGGGUGGGUAUCAGCUCUGUGGAUCUCCAAGGGGGGGCUUCUCCUCCUGUGAGGUUGGACGGGGAGGUGCCUACAGCGGCCCAGGAGGGAGCAGAGGGGUUGGGCCAGCUGGGGAGGACUCCCAAGGCCUCUUCGCUGGUUAUUUCCGAUCACUGCUCGACUCUGAUGAUUCCUCGGACCUGCUGGACAUCUCCUCCGCACAGUCUGACCCCCGCAAAGCUUCAUCCACCCCUGGAUACGAGCCAUCCAGCCCAGCUACCAGUCACAGCUGGUCUACCGCAUUCUCUAAGUGGAGCACUAAGGGUGCAAGUUCUGGGGCGGAGGGUUCAGGCCAGACACCUGGCUCCUCAAGCAGGCCUCCAUAUAGCUAUGCCAGCCUGGCCCAAACAUCCCCCACCACUUCUACCUAUCCUAAAUCCACUCCUCCAUCUCUCUCACACUCUCCUAGCUCCCCCCAUCCAGCCUCUUACAGCCACUACUCUUCUGGCUACUCCUGCUCCUCUCCUGUGGUGCCACAGAGAUCCUCAGACUGCAGCUGGUCUGGUAACAACAUUGGCAAGGCCAACCCUGUCGGUCCAAUGGGUUAUUCUAGCUAUCAAGCCACAGCCAAGCGGGGCUACGUUGGAUAUCCAAGUGCAAGUCAUUCCUCUGCAAUGCGGGGGGACUCAACAGGACCGACGUCACCUGGAGGAGGAUACAUGUCUGUGGCCAAAAGUAGCCCCUUCAGCUCCUCCUCCCUAGAAGGUUACAAACAAUACAACGCCAAUCAGUGGAACUUCAGACAAGGUUACAGUGGCUGGUCAACAGACAGCUUUGGACCUCAGUACCAUGGCUAUAGUGAAUAUGGAUCCAAUGAGUCCAAAGACAUCUUGGAUAUCUCAAACUACACGCCCCAGAAGGCCAAGCGACAACCUUUCCCUGAAAGUCUGUCAGAAUCUUCUUCUGACUCUUCACAUCUUGGCUCCGCAGCCACUAAUAGUGGCCCUAGUUCCACAUGUGGCACGUACAAACAGAAUGAGGUUGUUUCUGUUAGUGGAGAAGGGGGCCAGUCAAGUCUGUCCAGCCUGGAGAAGCUGAUGAUGGACUGGCAUGAGAGUGCCUCGGGACCUUCUUAUAACUGGAGCCAGAACGUCCUCUUCCAGGGCGGGGGGACCAACAAACCCGGCCGUGGUCGCAGGAAACGGACUGAGCCACAUUUAGAAAAAGAAGGAGUUUCUGCUUUGCACUCUGAUUCCCCAUCCAGUCCCUCACCAACACCUGCUCCUGGACCUAAGCGCGGAGGGGUCGGAGGACGGGGCAGGGGGUCGAGAGGAGGCAGAGGUCUGUCUCCCUGUCAGAGGGAGAGGCCAGCGGGAUCCAAAGGGAGGGGCAAGGCUGCGUCUACGUCAGCGGUGGGACCAGCGGUGUCUGCUGUAGGUCCAGAGGGGUCCGGGCUGUUUCAGGAAGGGCUGGAUUAUUACAGUGGAGACAGUAGCAGCCUCUCUCCUUUGGCCACUCCUAAUCCUGCACCACCUUCCAGCUACCUCCAGGACCCCUGUGAGUACCUCCCCUAUUCAGCCCACCCCUCCACACCAUCCUCUGAGGAACGAUAUCCAGCCUUAUACCCUGGAGAGUCCUCCUCUUCCCUCUCACCCAGUGUUUCCUCUCCCCCUUAUCCACCCAAGCCCACCCCUCCUCCACACCAGUCCUACCACCUUGUCCCCUCGAGGACCUUCUCCCCCUCUUGCUCCCCCUCACCACGGCUAACACCCCACUGCGGCACUGCACUUAGUCCCUCGCACCGCCCCCCUCCGAAAGACCCCCAGUUUUCGCAGUACGACUCGCCGAGCUACUGCAGCUCCCCCUACUGGUACGGACAGACAUCGCACAGCGGCAGCCCAAGCCCACACGCGCACUCAAAUACAGCUGUGCACGCACACAGCAACCCGCACGCAAGUCCACAUGGGAGUACACCGGCUAAUUCGCUCUCUAGCCCAAAUGCAAACACGCACACACAUCUGACUCCAACUCCGCACGACGCACAUCAUCCCAGCACACAGCCCCACCUGAGCUCACACACAAACACACAUCCAACAUCGCACCUACAGAGCAGCCCUCUCUCGCACUCCAACAGUCAACCCCACCUCAACGCACACACCAACCUCAACACCCACCUCCCUUCGCAUACACACUCCAACCCCAGCCCCGGCCUCCAUUGCCAUGCAACACCUAUGCUUUAUGAGGAGCGCAGCCCUCCCGCUGCCAUUACCCCACACAAGCGGGAUAUGACCUCCCAUGCCAUGAGCACGGGCCAUCGGCAGGGGCCCUUGCCUCACUCCCCGUACCCCAAACCUCCCUGGACUCCUCGCCCCAUCAGGAGGACACUAGUGGCUACUCUGUGCCCCAGCAAUCCUACCAAGGCAUGGGACACCGCUACCCCUCCCAGGCGGCUCAGGGUGGCGGGGUGCUGUGUCAGCUCCUGGACCCAGCCAGUGAUGACAGCUUCAGCGUCACAAGCCUGUAACAGCAGGUGCAUUCAAUUCAAGCUUUUACAGAUUUGCAAACAUUUUUUCCUUUUCUUUUCUUUCUUUUCCUUUUUUUUAAGGGGACUUCUUUGUGAGGGACUGCGAAAUGAAGGGUGAGAAUUUAGCUGCCAGCUUUUGGACAGUUAAAGCUUUAAUUCUCCAGCACUGACAAUCAAGAUCAACUCACGUACUCGAGCAUGCACAUACACAAACGCACACGCGCGCAAACGCGAGACACGCAUGCGCGGAUUUGUUCACUACCUAAACAUGACCACAUGAAGUCGUAUGUGUGCGCACUCACACGCUGGAAUGAGGGAACGGCCAGGAGGAGCUGACAGAUGAAUACCAGACGCUGACGGACAAAGACAAACCUAUCUCCUCAUCCCUUGGAGUCCUGCUGUGAUACAUGGAGGACUCUGUUUCCCUUAGAAGUCUAACUCACCAAAUCUUUGCGUUAUUUAUUUUAUUUUUUCCCUGUAUCUGCAAUGUGGGCAAACUAGGAUCACACUACUCGCCCUUUCUCUCUGUGUUUAUUUCCCCUGUUUUCUCUCCUCCUCUGCUAAACCAGCAACUGUGUUCUGCUCUCAGCUCUGCAUUUCUGUCUUGUGCCCAAACUUGAACCGCAUCUGAGCCCGAAUCAACUUCUGAAAUGCCAUAAGCCUAGCAAAUGUCCCUCUCUGUGCACUCCUUGUGUUGUGUCCCAUAAGAGAAAAAGUGGACUCAAUCAGUUUCUGCUCUUGAAAUACCAGCAUCUGUACAUAUGACUCCAGCUCCAAGCCAGGGGGCCUCUGUUUCGCUGUGAAGGCCCGUCAUCAACUUGCCCUCCUCUGCGUUCUGCCAUGGUUUCUCUGCUCUGUGGGGUGGGUGGGAGGGAGGGGCGGGGGGUUGGGGAUACUGCAGCAUGGAGACUUAACAUCCUGUGUUUUGCUGUUUUAACUACAAGGGAAAGAGACAUUGAAAUUACACAACGGCCCCAAAGAGACUCUUGUUUUCUGUGUGCGAGUUUGAGACGGAGCGGCUGCGUUCGUGUGACAUGCAUGUUUUUGUGUGUACGUGUGCCUACAUGUGCGUGUAUGGGCGUGUGCGUGUGUGUGCCUGCGGGGUCAAAAGGAGUGAAGCUUCCCAGACACCAAAGUCUUGGCGGGGCCUAAUUCUUUCUUUCACUCUCUCCCUUCUUUUUUCUGUGGUCUUGUGUUGUUUGGUGGUUUUUGUGAUGAAAAAAAAAAUAACAAAUUGUAUAUCUGUCUGUUACAUAUCAUGUAUGUAUCUGAGGUGCAAAAUAUUUAAAUACACAUUCUGUUCUUGCCAUUGGUAA